UUGAAAGAGCAUAACUUUUUCCUCUAGUCACAGGAUUUGCACCGAAAGAAAAUGGGAUUCUUUCUCAGUUUUUCCCUAGAAACUUGGGGUUUGAUCAUUGUUUUUCUGAGCAUCUUUGUCCUCUAUGGGAUCUGGCCGUACAAUUUCUUUAAGAAGCUGGGGGUUCCUGGGCCGCAGCCUUUGCCUUUCAUUGGGACCUUUCAUGAAUACCGAAAAGGGAUUCUGCAGUUUGAUCAGGAAUGUUAUCUGAAGUAUGGUAAAAUGUGGGGAAUAUUUGACGGCCGACAGCCAGUGAUGGCCAUUCUGGAUCCUGCCCUCAUCAAAACCAUCCUGGUAAAAGAAUUCUACACCUAUUUCACCAAUCGCCGGGACUUCGGUUUGAAAGGAGAACUGGAGAAUUCCAUAAUAGUAGCCCGUGAUGAACAUUGGAAGAGAAUUCGUACUGUCCUCUCUCCCUCCUUCACCAGUGGGAGGCUGAAGGAGAUGUUGCCCAUCAUCAAUCAUUAUGGAGAAGUGCUGGUGAAAAAUGUUCAAAAGAAAGUGGACAGUGAAGAAUCCAUAGACAUGAAAGACAUCUUUGGGGCCUACAGCAUGGAUGUCAUAACCAGCACUUCCUUCAGCAUCAAUGUAGAUUCCAUGAACAAUCCCGACGAUCCUUUCGUCAUGCACAUCAAGGAGUUUCUCAGCACCAGCUUCUUACACCCCCUAAUCCUCCUGGCAGUCCUCUUUCCAUUUCUUGCACCACUGCUGGAUAAGCUAAGAGUCACUUUCAUGCCAGCAAACUUCAUAAACUUCUUCAUUGAUGUUGUCAAGAAAAUCAAGGCGGACCGGCAGAAGAAUGAUCACACGAACCGGGUUGACUUCCUGCAGCUAAUGAUGGACUCCCAGAUUUCAAAUGAUGCCUCUGAAGAGGCAAAUUCCUAUAAAGCUCUAACUGACAAGGAGAUUUCAACACAGGCCAUAAUCUUUAUUUUUGCUGGCUAUGAGACCACCAGCACCGCCCUUAACUUCCUAUCGUACUGCCUGGCUACACACCCAGAUGUUCAGCGGAGGCUGCAAGAGGAGAUCGAUGAAGCUCUUCCUAACCAAGCCACUCCUGCCUACGAUGCAAUUCUUCAGAUGCAGUAUCUUGACAUGGUGGUGAAUGAAACCCUCAGGCUGUACCCCGCAGGAGGACGUAUUGAGAGGGUUUGCAAAAGAACCACGGAGAUUAAUGGAGUGACUAUCCCAGAGGGAACUGUGAUUGUGAUCCCAGCUAAUGUUUUGCACCGUGACCCAGAAUAUUGGCCAGAACCAGAAGAGUUCAGACCUGAGAGGUUCAGUAAAGAAAACAAGGAGUCUAUAGAUCCCUAUACCUUCCUGCCCUUUGGAGCUGGUCCAAGGAACUGCAUCGGGAUGCGCUUUGCUCUCCUGGUCUUGAAGGUGGCUGUGGUCUUCCUCUUGCAAAGAUACUCUUUCAGAACCUGCAAAGAGACACCGAUCCCCCUAGAACUGGACACCAAAGGCUUCAUGCAACCAAAAAAGCCCAUUAAGCUGAAACUGGUCCCCAGAGCUCCUGCUGAACCCGAGGAUUAAAAGAAUCUGCGGCUACGGAGAGGCUGCUGCUGCCUCCCUCCUCCCACGCCAUUUUUCAAAAACACAUAUAUUCCAUGUCCAGGUGGAUUUUUUAAAAUUGUCUCCCAUAGAUAAAAAUGAAAACGCAGUAAUAUGCUUCUGAAUAUUCUGUAGACUAUGCUGUGAAAAAAGGGUGCUUGCCACUUGAGAGAUCUGAUAAAGUUCUUGGAUGUUCUAUUACAGUGACAAGGUGUUACGUAAUGACCGUUACUUCUCUCACGCCUGAAAUGUUUCAUUGAAUGUAAAUGACAUACACAUUAGAAGACUUCUUGUAUUAAAAUUGACAAUGUGUUUGGUAUGCUAAAAGGCCUUGUAAUGGCCUGGUGUGCACUCCAGCAAUACACUCAAUUCAUUCUCUCGUUUUUCUACGUCCCCCUCCCCAUUUCUGAUGGAUGAACACAUAUUUCUUAAUCUUUUUUGUUGCUCUCUUUCCUACAAUAAAUCUGGUUCCAUGCAUACUUUCUUUUUUAAAAAAUCUGUGUAUACAUACACCCCAUCGAUGUCUCCUCUUCUUUGCCUUUAACAUUGUCCUGCCUUUUUCAUAAUUCUACUUGCUAGUACCUGGAAAUCCAGAUGCCUCAGUUAUCCCUUGUCUUGAAUUUCCGUAUGAUUAUCUAUCACAACAGUGCUUGCCAGUUGUAGCCUUGGACCCUUCAGCUUCACUGUUGUUCCUAAUCUAUUUUUUAAAUGUUCGCUUUCUCCCCCUUCCUUCUGCUUUCCUUCAUUUAUACUAUACGAACCUUCUGUGUUUGCUCGGCAUUUUUAAGACAUAUUUCCAAAUAUCUGUCUUAAUUUACCUCAGGAAUUUUCAUGAAGAGAUUUUCCCCCCAUUGUUUCUGCACACAUUUUACUAUCCAGUUUUUAUUUGACUAUUAAUGUCUGAUACUAAAUGUAAAUGUAACAAUUCCUCCCCUCUCACACACACUGUUUAUUUUAUGUAACUCUCUGGGGAAGAGGGGUGUAAAAAUACUUUUUAAAAAACUCGCCAUUUACUGAAUUUAUUAUGUGAAUUUUCUAAGUUAGUUAAUUUAUUUGUUUGUUUAUUUAAUUCGAUUUAUAUUCCGCCCACCCCGCAAUUGCAGGCUCAGGGCGGUUCCAUUUCUUCAUCAUGGACACUGCUAUCAACAAUCCAUCCCCUCACAGAAUUAAUAUUCUUGCACUCUGGUUCACAUCUUUCAUAAGACACCUUAUCUGUGGCUUUCUAACUGCCAUCAUUUUAUUUUAUUUUUUCCUUAGAUGAGAUAAUGUUUUUAUCUGUAUCCCUUUUAUAAUUGUGCUUUUUCUUCUACUUUUUCUUUGUUUAUAGAAUUUUCUACAUUGUGCAAUUGGGCCUAUCACUGUGGUGACUUAUUUUUUUUCUCCUCAGAGCCAAGCUACAAGUG